CGUACAUCUUCUAUGUAAACGAUAUCUAAAAGCUCAUACGUGGACAUUGUCAGAGCCUCAUGCGCCACGACAUCCAAGGGACAGCUUCGACUACUACUGGCGUCGUCCGCGGUCACGCAACACACCGCGCCGUGAUUCGCCAAAACUUGGCGGCAUAUCUACCAAUCGUGGUCCUUCGUCGCAUUUCCAGCAUGGCCCGCAAGAUCAACUGGGCCGGCGUCGGGCUCUCGGUCAUCACGGGCACGAGCCUCGCCGCCGUGAGCAUCAUGGCGUACUUUCGCUUUGAGUUUCCCGAGCAAUUUGCCGAGGGCAGCGUGCGCCAGUCGCGCCCCGAGGCCUGGACCGACGAAGAGCGCCAGUGGGGCGCCUUUGGCUCGGGCCUCGCCGACGCCAUUCCGUCCGCCGUCACCAACGUCUUCCGCUUCGAGAACGUCGCCGAGCGCAUCGAGGCGCGCCGCGCCAAGCGUCGUCAAGAGAUCCAAGACAUCAUUAACCAAAAAGAUUAGC